AUGUCCUCUACAGAACAACCCCGCUCCCAAACAGCCGCAGACCCCUCCCGCCCCUGGCUUCAAUCCUCAACCGGCAGCGUCCCAUCCAGCCAGCCCCCGUCUUCAGACCCGUCCCAACCGCAGCAACCCACUCAAAUUUCGUCCAACUCCAAGCCCCCCACAGUAACCGAAGCCCUCGCCAGCAUCAAACCCUCCGACUUCUUAACAAUCCACCAAAAACCAUGCGCGCGCCCCGGGCUGCUAACCGGUAUCGGCGCCGGCGCAGUUGUCGGCAUCCUGCGCUUUAUCAUCGGGGCUCCUGUCCCCAAGGCAGCCAACUGGGCUGUGGGCACAGCAGUUGUUGGGGCAAUCGGGCAAUAUGAGUACUGUCAGUAUCAGAGGAGGCAAGAGAAGGAGAAGGUGAAGAGGGUGGUGCAGGUGUAUGCGGAGAAGGCAAGGAAGGAGAAGGAAGAGAGGGAACGGAAGGAGAGGGAGGAGAGGGAACGACGAGAAAGGGAGGAGAGGGAGAGGGCGAAGAGGUGGUGGAAGUUUUGGUGA